GUGUACGAAACGCCUAGAGAUGUGGAGUUAUGGCUAUAUUGAUGUUUUUGGGUAUAUUUUGAGUUAUCGGUAUAUUGUUUUUGGGUAGAUUUAUUUUGAAUUUACUACUAAUUUUGAGUUAUGGGUAUAUUGUUUUUGGGUAUAUUUUACUUAUGCUCGUGUAACUGUUUUUGGGUAUCUUUUACUACUACCUCUACUUCCACUGUAAUUCCUCAUUCUGACUUUUAAUAACUGCUGUGGUGAAUUUACUUAUGCUCCUGUACCGGUUGUAUGCGUGUUGAUGUGGACGUCUAAUAAGCGAAGAAGAUUCCAACAGCACUGAAGAAGUAGUAUUGCCUGCAACGAGCUCGUGGCGAGAUUUUGUGAAGACGCAGCCAUUCUAUGAUAGCACACUUCUCUUGGGAACUUCUUCUAGGAGGAAGGCGGUGACGAAUACAACAGCUCAAGCUCUUUCUUCUAUGUCUAGUAGAAGACAAACACAAACGCGUAAGGACGUCGAAAGUCACGAGCUCUCUGGACUAAAUCCUGUCGACUAUUGGGAAUCGUUUUCCAAAAAGGUAGAUGAAGAUGGUGGAGGCGUCAAAAGAGCAACUAGAACUAUCCUAGAAACUGAGGCUGAGUGGGUACCUGGCGUUCUCUCGGGAAAAAGUACCCCAAUGUUUUUCGAAAAGGAGGAGCAGAAGUAUGCGGUUGCUGUGAGCCAAAAACAAGAAGUGGACGACAUCUCUUCUGCUUCUCCUCCACCAGCACCUUCUUCCGCCAUAAUAUCUCCUUGGCGAGAGUUUACGACUGUCUACGCUCGCACAGUCCAUGUCCGAACACUGGAUGUUUGCGCUAGUCGCGCGAAAGAGGACGGGCAAACUCUGGGCAGAUGGAC